UGUCAAGUGAAGUGUCAAAUAUAAUAAUGCUUUGACGUGACGUGUCUUAUUAGAAAUUUGGAAUAUUUUACUGUGUGUUUCUCUAUUUUACGACAUGAUUUCGUUAUAAUAAUAACUGUGCUAGAUAUAAAUAGAGUAGUGAGUGCUCUGCAAUAUGGAUUUCCUAAAAAGCGGCCUCAAAACUGUCCUUGGGGCUCCAGAGCCCGGUCAACAACCUUCGGCAGCCGAAACGGUGGAGCGCCUAGUGGAUCGUGUCAACAAUUCCACGUUAUUAGAAGACCGUCGCGAUGCCUGCCGCGCGCUCAAAGCUAUGUCCAGGAAAUACCGGGUGGAGGUUGGGGCACAGGGGAUGGACACAUUGAAACAGGUGGAGCGCCUAGUGGAUCGUGUCAACAAUUCCACGUUAUUAGAAGACCGUCGCGAUGCCUGCCGCGCGCUCAAAGCUAUGUCCAGGAAAUACCGGGUGGAGGUUGGGGCACAGGGGAUGGACACAUUGAAACAGGUUCUAGAAUUGGACAGGGCCGACAGUGAGACAAUAAACUAUGCCCUCGAUACGCUCAACAACAUCAUGUCCCCCUCACAGUUCGAGGAAGAAGAAGACAACCCGAAUAUACCCAUGAACAUCGGUGAACAAUUCACGGAGAUGUUCAUAAAAGAUGACCGUAACAUCCAACUCGUAUUAGACUUACUAGAUGAAUAUGAUUUUAGAGUCAGACUUUCCGUAGUUCAAUUACUCGUUUCUUUACUAACAAAUAGACCGAAAGAUAUCCAAGAAAUAGUCUUAGUUAAACCAAUGGCUGUUUCCAAAAUGAUGGAUUUGCUUGCCGAUACCAGGGAAGUGAUCAGGAAUGAAGCGUUAUUGUUGUUAAUCAAAUUGACGAAAGGGAACGCCAAUAUACAGAAGAUUGUUGCAUUUGAGAGCGCAUUCGACAGAUUAUUCGAUAUAAUAUCUGUUGAAGGUUAUUCAGAUGGCGGGAUCAUUGUUGAAGACUGUUUAUUGUUAAUGUUGAAUUUGUUAAAGAAUAACGGUAGUAAUAUUAACUUUUUCAAAGAAGGCAGAUAUAUACAGAAGAUGUUGCCGAUGUUUCACACUCCAGCCGAAUCUGAAGACUUGGGUUGGUCCCCGCAGAAAGUUUCAAACGUGCAUUGUAUGCUACAGAUAGUCAGAACUCUGGUGUCGCCCAGUAAUUCGGCGCAGAUUAUAUCUAGUUGUCAGAAGAUCAUGAAAAAUUUGGGUUUGUUGGAUUGUCUGUGUAAUAUUUUGAUGGCGAGCGGCGUGCCGGCGGACAUUUUGACGGAGACUAUAAACACAGUUGGGGAGGUGGUGAGGGGGGACGUGACGAACCAGGAUUUCCUCGGGAACGUGAUGGCGCCUUCCAAUCCGCCGCGGCCGGCCAUCGUGGUACUGCUCAUGUCUAUGGUUAAUGAGAAACAGCCGUUUCCUCUGAGAUGCGCAGUCCUCUACUGCUUCCAAUGUUACCUGUACCACAACGAGAUGAGCCAGGCCAGCCUAGUCCAGACCUUGCUGCCUUCUUCCACGGACGUGUCAAGUCUCAGCAGCGGUCAGCUCCUAUGCGGUGGGCUGUUCUCAUCAGACGUGCUGUCCAACUGGUUCGCGGCCGUGGCGCUGAUGCACGCCCUGGGUGAUAAUCCUGUUCAAAAGGAACAACUGUUGCGUGUGCUUCUAGCCACCAACAUCGGCAGCUCGCCGGUGUCCCUACUGCAUCAGUGCACGUUGUUACUGCAGCAGACGACCAAGUUGCAGUCCAAGGUAGCCCUCCUGAUGCUUCUAUCACAAUGGAUGAGCUACUGCCCGCCGGCGGUAACCGCUUUCCUCCAAGUCCCGGGCGGCGUGGGCUACCUGGUCAACCAAACCUGCUCCAACGACCACGACGACAACGAGUUCUUACUCCAAGGACUGUCAGCGUUCCUACUAGCUAUCUGUAUACACUUCAAUGAUGAUACAGCUGAUAAUUACACGAAGGAAUCGCUGAAGCAACUCAUGUUGAAGAGGAUAGGUGUAGAAACUUUCACAGCGAAACUGAGCGAAGUGACAAAACACGAGCUAUACAACAGAGCGGCGAAGCACCCGCAGCUGAGGGUGAAGUCGCCGGCCGAGAUCCUCAUCGACUACGAGUUCUGCCGGCUGUUCAAGGUGUUGGAGAACGUCCUCAUCCAAAGCCUUAUUGAGAGGAAAGAAAAUGGAAUCACCGAACCCGAGGGAUCCCCUCCGGAGAGUGACACCUUGGAACAGUACAAGACCCUCAUCAGACAACAGGACUCUCGUCUCCAGGAGCUGAUGCAGCAGCUGGAAGCUAUGAUGCAGCAGAACCAGUCGCUCCAGAGUGCCUUGAACGACGCGUUAGCCUCGAAAUCCCAUCUCAAAGAUGAGAACACGUUACUCCGAGCGCAACUGUCUGCCAACACAGCCACUACACCACAGGACCAAUCGCAAUUGAGAGAGUAUGAAGCUAGGGUACAGGAAUUGACGAGUCAAGUCAGCAUGCUGAACAACGAGCUCAAGAUGGCUGAGGAGAGACAAAGACUGAGCCAGGAGGAGCUGGAUACCCUGAGGAAGGACCAGGAUGAUUUGUUGGUGCUGUUCGCUGAUCAGGAUUUAAAACUAAACGAAUACAAGAUGCGUCUAUUAUCACUCGGCCAGAAAGUUGACGAUGAGGAAACAACAGAAGCGCCUCAACAGACGACAUAGUUUUUAUUUAGCGAUUUUAUUUUGUAAGAUAAAUUUGUUCAGCCACAAAACAAAAUGGCUGACUUCUAACCACAGACCCGAAGUGCAAACGAACUGGAAGCCAAAAUUCUAAAAAAAAAUCUAUCGCUGACUUUUCAGUGCCCUUCCAAGUGGUGUACCUGCGCAGGAGUUUAAUUCUUGUACGGCACGAAUAUAUUUGAGCGGUUGAAUCAAUCAGAGCGCGCCAUUUGAACUCGCGAAUUGUACUGCACGCUGUGAUGAGCGAGAUAGCCGAGACAUUUUUUGGAUUUUAAGUUUAAUGUGCUUGUAAUAAGGUCGUUAUUUUAUUGAGUUUUCAUCGGGUUCGAUUCACUCGUUGCGCUAUUAACUGACUUAUAAACGUGUUAAUACUAUAUGAAGAAUUCCACUAUUCCAUCUCUUUGCCAUGGAUGUCGUAAAAAGCGACUUAGGGAUAGGCUAAUAAACUUGGAAUUCUUCUUGUAGGCGAUGGACUAGUAACCUGUCACUAUUUGACUCUUAAUUCCUUUAUGAAUCCAUACAGAUGAAUGUGCCCUUGGGUCUUUUCAAAACUGCUGGCCCUGUCUACCCCGCAAGGUACAUAGACGUGAUAAUAUGUAUGUAUGUAAUACUGUUAUUGGGAAGAGACAGAGGUGAAACGAUAAUAGUAUCUUUGGCUUCCAGUUGGCAUUUUUUUCGUUAGACCACAGACAUAGAUUAAGCUAGAUACAGCCGAUUCAACUGUAGAUAUGAAAAUUUCGCUUUGAUAGCUAUCUAUUAUGUAAAUAAAAUAUACUGUUGUUUUAUUGGCUUUGUUUGUAAAAAUCUGAGUUUUAUGUGUAUUUAGCUGUUCAUAGCUGAUUUUAGGGAUUAUGUUGAAAAUUUGUAUUAAUUAAUUGAACGUGGUCCUAUUGGUUCUGUCUACCCGUAAUGUAUGUAUUCUUUAAUUUAAAACUUAAUAUAAUAAAAAAUGGGUAAAGUAAGAGGAAUAUCAUCGCCAUAUGACUUCCACUGCUGAACAUAGGCCUCCCCCAAUGACUUCCACCUCGCUCCGUGGGAGAUGACCUGCAUCCAACGUUUCCUCAGAUCAUGCGUCUUUCUCGCGGGGGACGGCCUUGCGGUACGAGGUCUCCACUCGAAGACUUAUCCGCCAUGAACUCUUCGUGAAAAGUGACUUGACCAUAGCCACUUUGUUUAGAGAAACAUAUGUUCCACUUAUAUCCACACAAAAACCCUAAUUCCAGGAAUGAUUUGUGUAAGUUUUGUUUUAUAGAAAAAAAAAUAUGCUUUUAUUUCGCUUCUAUAUGUCAAAAUGCGUUGUCUUGAUUUUAUUUGUUACCUAUGUUAUUUAUUUUAAGAUAUAAUUUAAGCAAUUACUAAAUGAGUAAUAUAUAUCAA